AUGGCGGUGUCGGUGGGAAUACUCUCUAUCGGUGACAUGGGCCUAGGCAUAGCGCGUCUCCUGCAGGCGCAUUCUUAUCGCGUAUUGACGGUAACGGCCGGUCGAAGCCAGGAUACCAUCAACCGGAUCAAAGCAGCGUCUAUUGAAGCUCUGUCCACCGACCAAGACCUCGUUGUACAAUCCGACUACAUUCUCUCAAUUGUGCCACCACGAGAUGCUCUGGCAACUGCACAGCGUGUCGUGGAAGCUACACAGCAUGUCGACACUCUUCGCAGACGGUCAGAGCGUGAGAGUGCCUCAAAGAAGCCGUAUUUCUUCGACUUGAAUGCCAUAUCGCCACGGUCAGCGCGAGAAAUCGCAGCGCUCUUCUCGCCAACCACCUCUGAGGACGACACAAUUGCUUAUUUCCUCGAUGGCGGGAUCAUCGGCGGUCCGCCGUCUCUCGACGCUGUGGGUCAAACGUGGAAGAAGCCGAGCCUGGUGUUGUCUGGCUCAGUACCUCUUCCGGGCACAUUCGCAGCGCUGGCCGAAACGCUAAACAUGAAGAUCGUAGGACCGAAAAUCGGGUCUGCGUCGGCACUCAAGCUGUCAUUUGCGUCACUAACCAAAGGACUGACGGCGCUGACAGUACUGUCGUUCUCGACGGCACACUCAGAAGCGGUGCUGCCAGAACUGUUGGAGCAUCUCAACGAGUACUCGCCCAAGACAGCGGCGUUGAGCACGGGCGGGAUCGCAGCGAUGCCUCCCAAGGCGUACCGAUGGGUGGAAGAGAUGCGUGGAAUCGGCGAAGCGUUCGACACGGAGGGCCACUGGGACGGGGUGGGCAGCAGCGUGUACGGGGCGUUUGCAGAGAUCUACCGGGGAAUCGCAGAAGACACGAUUCUUGGGCAGGAGAAAGUUGGCCAACGCAGGCGAGGCACCACGGCAGAAGAUGUGGCUGCCAUUGUGGCUGCGGCGAAGAGCCAUCCAUGA